AGAACCGGGCGGAGUCUUGACUUUGAGCCCCUCCCAGGGCUGACCCGACUGGCGUCCAGUGAAAAGAGCGGUCCCGGUGGCCAACGCGCUGUGUGACGCAAUCACCCUGCACCCGGGGCUCCAGGGGCUUUAGUCGCUGUCGGAGAGGCUGGAGGUACCCAAAGCCACAUAAUGUCAGUAAUCCGUUCAUCCGUCCAUGCCAAAUGGGUUGUGGGAAAAGUGAUUGGUACAGCUAUGCAAAAAACUGCUAAAGUGAGAGCAACCAGGCUCGUUCUGGAUCCCUACUUACUGAAGUACUUUAAUAAGCGGAAAACCUAUUUUGCUCAUGAUGCCCUUCAGCAGUGCACCGUUGGGGACAUUGUGCUUCUCAGAGCUUUGCCUGUCCCACGAUCAAAACAUGUGAAACAUGAACUAGCUGAGAUUGUCUUCAAAGUUGGCAGAGUCAUUGAUCCAGUGACAGGAAAACCCUGCGCAGGAACUGCCUACCUGGAGAGUCCACUCAGUUCAGAAACCCCGCACCUAAGCAAAACCCUGGAAGAACUGAAGACCUCUUCAACCCCGUGAAGAGUGAAUGGAGCCAAAGGGAAAGAGCAUAUGUAUGCUCUGUGACUCUCACUACAACUGUGUCCAGUUUCUCUUGUGACAUAAAUGAAGUAGCUAGAAAUAAAUGAAGCAAAGGGCUCAUUAUAAUUUUCCACAAAG